AUGAGAGAUUCAACAACGGCGAUGUCCGAUCUUCCACAAGAUAUGGUAGAGGAAGUGCUCUCUAGGGUUCCGUUAACAUCUCUUAGAGCAGUGCGAACUACUUGCAAAAGCUGGAACAGUUUAUUCAAAACUCGGAGCUUUACAAGGAAGCACAUUCGCAAAUCAAGAGCAGCAACGAAGAAGAGAGAGUGUAUGGCAAUCAUGAUGAUCGAUUCUAGUGUUUAUCUAAUGAGUGUUAAUUUCCGUGGGAUUCACAAUAACGACAACGUUGAAUCAUUUAUAAACCGAAAAGGUAAAUUUAUUAGCCUAAACAAUGUAGAUGGAGUUGAUAUAUCUAGCGUCUUCCACUCUAGUGGUUUGUUGUUAUGCACCACCAAAGAAGAAAUCGAGGCUUAUGGUUUUGAAUCCUUAUCGUGGCCAAACAAGGUGGAUCCAACCCAUUGAUCACGGAGGCGACUGUAGGGUUAACAUGUACGCUCUGGGAUACGAGAAGAAGGAAAACUCGCGUCGUCGUUGCCACAAAAUCUUGAGGUCUAUGGAAAUGAAGCCGAUAUUUGUAGAUGAUUAUGAAAUCUGUGGGAAACGUCAUGAGUAUCAAAUCUACAAUUUUAAGUCUGAUUCAUGGAAUGAUAUUGAUGUGACUCCCAACAGGGACAUAAGGUUUUAUGGACAUGACGUGUCUCUCAAGGGAAAUACUUAUUGGCUUGUUCGAAGGGCUAUUAACUGGGAGCCACUAAGAUUCGGAAGACAAGAAAGAUGCGCAGGACGAGUAAGACUCGGAGCACAAGAAAGAUUUGGAGGUCAAGAAAGAUGCGUAAGAUUCGGAGGACAAGCAAGAUACGGAAGAGUUCAAGAACAAGUAAGAACUAUCCCUGAGAUCUUUUUACUCUGUUUUGAUUUUACAACUGAGAUAUUUGGACCACGUCUACGUCUACCGUUUAAAUCUCGCUUUGGCGAUAGCGUGACUCUAUCUAGUGCUAGAGAAGAGCAACUUUCAGUGUUAUGUCAGCGGUAUGAUACAUUACAGAUGGAGAUAUGGAUUAGUAGCAAAAUUGAGCCCGAAGCGGUGUUGUGGAACAAGUUGUUAGUAGCAGUGAAUAUGAAAACACUUCUUACUUUCCCAUUUAAACAUGGGAAUUUUUUUGUUGACGUGAGGAAGAAAGUCGUCGUAGUUUUUGCUAAAGACAGAAAGAAGCCGAGGCGCUGCGUUGCUUAUGUCAUUGGAGAGGAUGGAUAUUUAAAAAAAGUGGAUCUUGGAGAAUCUAGUGACGAACAUGGUGACCCAGUACUUGUGUGCCCUUAUGUUCCAAGCUCAGUACAAAUCAAGCAGGCUACACCACGAGGCAACCAUA